AGAGAGAGAGGGAGAACAGAGGGGGGAACGAUGUCCCUCCUGCGAUUCAGGCAGCUCCCCUUGACUCUUGCCCCAUUCAUUCCUGCACCCUGAACCUGCAGCCUCAAUCCGCAGCCUCUACCCAUCACUGGGCCCUAACUCUUCCUGGGUCCCUUCCCUGUCCCUGAUUCUAAGUCUCUGACAAUUCUUUCCCACGAACACGAGUGAGGUUUAGAAGAAAUCAUUCAUUUAAAAGCCCUUUAAAAACCUUAGGCUCCAUACUUGCUAAUGACCUUGACCACGCCCUUGGCAGGAAACAUCUUCCCUUCUGACCCAUCUCAAGGUGUAUCUGCUCUGCUCCUGGUGUGGGUGGGAGGGCCCCAAUGUGGAGAGUGACUAGGGCAUGAGGAGAUACGCUGUUUUUGGCCCAUGCUUCCUGGCUCUUUUUUCCAGGGAUUUUGGUUUCUCUUCCAUCCUGUUGUCCCAUCAGAUUGUGAGUGGUGAUCUGUGGUUGGGAAAACAAAGUUUCUGGGACUGACGAUGUGUGUGCCAUGAUGAACCCUACAUGCUCCCUUCACCUCUGUUUGGAAACCAGGAAGAGCCACACACUGAUGGAGACACCUCUUGAGAAGGCCCUGACCACUAUGGUCACCACUUUCCACAAAUAUUCGGGGAGAGAAGGCAGCAAACUGACCCUGAGCAGGAAGGAACUCAAGGAGCUGAUCAAGAAGGAGCUGUGUCUUGGAGAGAAGAUGAAGGAGAGCAGCAUUGAUGACCUGAUGAAGAGCUUGGACAAGAACCGUGACCAGGAGAUCGACUUCAAGGAGUACUCAGUGUUCCUGACCACUCUGUGCAUGGCCUACAAUGACUUCUUCCUGGAGGACAGCAAGUGACCAGAGCUCAGCCCCUUGCCCGUGGCCUCUGUAGCUCCUCUCACAGACCCUCUGUGGACCCUUGCCCUCCUCUCCCUUCCGGACAGACCCUGCUUCGGCCUUCCCUUCUGGCAGGGGAAAUAAAAA